AUGGUCGACACGAAGGACAAACCUCCUGCGAACGCUAUCUCCCCUCACGACCCCACCAGGCCUGCUCACGAAGGUGGUCACCCUUCUAGUAACGAUAAUGACCGGGAUGAUGUGACCACUCGGCAGCGCAUUGCUUCCAUUGCUAGUCGCUUUGGUGGUCUAGCAGCCCAAGCCUCUUCACAAGCAGCAUCAACUGCUCAAAAGGGCACCGAAGCUGUCGCUGAUGCUGGUCAGCAGGUCGCAAAGACUACCGUGGCUACUCGCAACGCAGCCGCAUCCCAAAGCGCCGGUCUGCUUCAGGCCAUGGCACUGACGACCAAAAAUGCAUUCCCCAAACCUGACAAAGAGAAGGAUAGCGACAGUUCUUCUGGAAAGUCUUGGUAUGAAUACGAAUCGCCUCUUCACGCACGACGUCGUAUUGCUGAGUAUGAGUCCCCAUUACAUGCACGACGCAGGUUGGCAGCAAUUGCUUCUCAGCUCGGUCUCGCUACCUCGUCGGCGAAGCAAGCGCCGAGCCUGCUAGCAGCACUCUCCUCAGCGCCUUCCUCAUCCUCGUCGCAUUCGUCUUGGUUGUCUUCUCAAUCAUCCGAGAGAUGGGCUACCUUAUCGCUACCUGCCUACAAAAAUCUGCCCUCGCAAGGCGGCUGGCCCGGCUGUGCCUGGGAUGUAUGGGGGCCGGGCGACCAGCUGGGAACCAUCAACCUUCUCACCGAGUCACUUGUCCUCCGCGCUGCCAAGGAACAAAUCAAAGUCGGUCGCACCGUCUCUCUCAACUGGCCAGUCCAUCUCCCCGCCGAGCCUUUCUUCCGUCGCAAAGCGGUCACACACAAACCAUUCGGCAAAGGCGGACCUGGUUACACCAAGCCACGUGAUGAUUACAUUGCCCAUGUCCGCUCCACACAGCCUGAUGUUCUAGUUCGAGAAGACACGAAUGUUCCCAUCAGUGACGAGAUUCUCGAGCUCAACACUCAGAGUGGAUCUCAGUGGGAUGGAUUCCGACACUUUGGUCAUAUGCCACUCAACGUCUUUUACGGUGGUGCUGAGCGUGCUAGUAUUCAGAACAGCUUCGAAGACGCUUCGCCUCAACCGGGUGACCCCAAAGCGUGGAACACGGAAGAAGCGAAGAAACGUAACGCUUUGGGUAUUCACCAUCUUGCUCAACAUGGAAUUUGUGGGCGAGGCGUCUUGCUUGACGUGUUCGAAUACCUUUCUCACCAUGGCACGGAUCACGUGAAGCGCGAUGACUACCCUUGGUCCUCCUGGCCACAAUACGGCGGAGGAAAAGGAUACGACCCGCGAACAGGAUUCCGCAUCACCGUCGCCGACCUCAUCGCCACAGCUAAGCACCAAAACGUAACCUUCCGACGAGGAGACAUCCUCCUAAUCCGUUCAGGCUUCACUGCGCGAUACUACUCUCUCACUUCCGCCGAACGUGCUGCUUGGUCCGACCCCACACCGAAGAACGGAAAAGAAGGAAUGGAGUUCGCUGGAGUAGAGCAGUGCGAGGAGAUGAAAGAGUUCAUGUGGGACAACCAUUUCGCAGCUGUUGCUGGUGAUUCACCUGCGUUUGAAGCUAGGCCGACAAAGCGAGGAGAAUGUAUGCUGCAUGAAACGUUUUUGGCUAUGUGGGGAAUGCCCAUCGGUGAGCUGUUCGAUUUGGAAGGUUUGGCAAAAACGUGUAGGGAGCAGGGAAGGUGGACUUUUUACUUUUCAAGUUGGCCGUUGAAUCUGUUUGGUGGUGUGGCUAGUACUGCGAAUGCUAGCGCGACGUUUUAG